GCAGCUCUUUUGCUUUCUUCUUAUGCUGCUUCCCCUUCCUCUUUUCCCAAAUAGAUAUGUAAACACAUGUAUUUUCCUGUUUAAAUUUAGCGAAUUGGUCCUCUGCCUGUGCCUUGAUUUAGCUAUUGGGCUGAGCCUGGCUUCUCCCUUCCCUGCUCGGAUAGGAGCCACUGGGAUCUGGAGCUCCAGCUUCCAAAUUGAAGCUGGCCUCAGGCCAGGCACUGACUCGGCACAGGAUUCACUCACCCGGGCAUCUCCUCCAGUGGGAUCCGCCAGCACGGCCAGCAGCACCAUGUGGGUGACCAAACUUCUGCCAGUCCUGCUGCUGCAGCAUGUCCUCCUCCAUCUCCUUCUGCUUCCCAUCGCCAUCCCCUAUGCAGAGGGACAGAAGAAAAGAAGAAAUACACUUCAUGAAUUCAAAAAAUCAGCAAAGACUACUCUAAUCAAAGAAGACCCAUUUCUGAAGAUAAAAACCAAAAAAAUGAACACUGCAGACCAGUGUGCUAAUAGAUGUAUUAGGAAUAAGGGACUUCCAUUCACUUGCAAGGCCUUUGUUUUUGAUAAAACAAGAAAACGAUGCCUCUGGUUCCCUUUCAAUAGCAUGUCAAGUGGAGUGAAAAAAGAGUUUGGCCAUGAGUUUGACCUCUAUGAAAACAAAGACUACAUUAGGAACUGCAUCAUUGGUAAAGGAGGCAGCUACAAGGGAACUGUAUCUAUCACUAAGAGCGGCAUCAAAUGCCAGCCCUGGAAUUCCAUGAUACCACACGAACACAGCUUUUUGCCUUCGAGCUAUCGGGGUAAAGACCUACAGGAAAACUACUGUCGAAAUCCUCGAGGGGAAGAAGGGGGACCGUGGUGUUUCACAAGCAAUCCAGAGGUACGCUACGAAGUCUGUGACAUUCCUCAGUGUUCAGAAGUUGAAUGCAUGACCUGCAAUGGGGAAAGUUAUCGAGGCCCCAUGGAUCAUACAGAAACAGGCAAGAUUUGUCAGCGUUGGGAUCAUCAGACGCCACACCGGCACAAAUUCUUGCCCGAAAGAUAUCCCGACAAGGGCUUUGAUGAUAAUUAUUGCCGCAAUCCUGAUGGCAAGCCGAGGCCAUGGUGCUAUACUCUUGACCCUGACACCCCCUGGGAGUACUGUGCAAUUAAAAUGUGUGCAGCUUACAGUCCUGUAAAUGAUACUGAUGUCCCUACGGAAACAACUGAAUGCAUUCAAGGUCAAGGAGAAGGUUACAGGGGCACCAUCAAUACUAUUUGGAAUGGAAUCCCAUGUCAACGUUGGGAUUCUCAGUAUCCUCACCAGCAUGACAUAACUCCUGAAAAUUUCAAGUGCAAGGACCUAAGAGAAAAUUAUUGCCGAAAUCCAGAUGGGGCUGAGUCACCCUGGUGUUUUACCACUGAUCCAAACAUCCGAGUUGGCUACUGCUCCCAAAUUCCAAACUGUGACGUGUCAAGUGGACAAGUGCCAUUGUUCAUGAGCAACUCUGAAAAUAGAGCUGUAGAGGGAAGAGGGGAUGAGUCUCCUUUCAGUCAAUUUCACUAUUCUUUGGCAGAUUUUAAAGAUUGUUAUCGUGGGAAUGGCAAAAAUUAUAUGGGCAAUUUAUCCAAAACAAGAUCUGGACUAACAUGUUCAAUGUGGGACAAGAACAUGGAAGAUUUACACCGCCAUAUCUUCUGGGAACCAGAUGCUAGCAAGCUGAAUAAGAAUUACUGCCGCAAUCCCGACGAUGAUGCCCACGGCCCCUGGUGUUACACGGGGAAUCCUCUCAUUCCCUGGGAUUAUUGCCCUAUUUCUCGUUGUGAAGGUGAUACCACACCUACAAUAGUAAAUUUAGACCAUCCUGUAAUAUCUUGCGCCAAAACAAAACAAUUGCGAGUUGUAAAUGGGAUUCCAACACGAACAAAUGUGGGAUGGAUGGUUAGUUUGAAAUACAGAAAUAAACAUAUCUGCGGAGGAUCAUUGAUAAAAGAAAGUUGGGUUCUAACCGCAAGACAGUGUUUCCCUUCUAGAAACAAAGACUUGAAAGAUUAUGAAGCUUGGCUUGGAAUUCAUGAUGUCCACGGAAGAGGAGAUGAGAAACGCAAACAGGUUCUCAAUGUUUCCCAGCUAGUAUAUGGACCUGAAGGAUCAGAUCUGGUUUUACUGAAGCUUGCUAGGCCUGCUGUUCUGGACGAUUUUGUUAGUACGAUUGAUUUACCUAACUAUGGAUGCACAAUUCCUGAAAAGACCACUUGCAGUGUUUAUGGCUGGGGCUACACCGGAUUGAUCAACUCUGAUGGUCUGUUACGAGUAGCACAUCUCUACAUCAUGGGAAAUGAGAAAUGCAGCCAGCAUCAUCAAGGGAAGGUGACUCUGAAUGAGUCAGAAAUAUGUGCUGGGGCUGAAAAGAUUGGAUCAGGACCAUGUGAGGGGGAUUAUGGUGGCCCACUUGUUUGUGAACAGCAUAAAAUGAGAUUGGUUCUUGGUGUCAUUGUUCCUGGUCGUGGAUGUGCCAUUCCAAAUCGUCCCGGUAUUUUUGUCCGAGUAGCAUAUUAUGCAAAAUGGAUACACAAAAUUAUUUUAACAUAUAAGGUACCACAGUCAUAGCUGAAGUAAGUGUGCCUGAAGCAUCCAUCAAUACAGCUCUCUUUUACAUGAAGAUUUCAAAGAAUGUGGAAUUAAAAUGUCACUUAAAACAAUCCUAAGACAACUACUUGAGAGUCAUGUUUGUUAAAAUACUCAUUAAUAUUUGUGGGUGUUUUCUGUUGUUUUGUUUGUUAGUGUUAUUUUGUAAAUGUUGAAAUGAGUUAAGGUACAUGCAAGUGUAGUAACAUAUUUCCUGAAGAUACUUGAAUGGAUUAAAAAAUGCAAAGGUAUAAUUUCUGGAUGAUAAAAGAUUUAAUGGAAAAGAUCAAUUAAUCUCUCUACGCUGCUUUCCAAGGUUAGUUUCUUAAUGAUGAAUAAACCAUAAGUUAAAUGUAACUUUAACCUCACCGAAACAAUUUACCCCUUGGGUCCUUAAAUUGUAACUCUGUAUUAAAUUAUAUUACAUU